UAAACAGUGUGAUGUGGUUGAGUCUGAGAGCUACCUCCGAAACUUCAUGCAGCGAAUUUUUCCAGUCUCAACUUAAAACGUUUACGAUUUGCAUGCACUAGCGUGUCACUUAUUUAGUGGUGACUAAAUUUACUUGAGAAUAUCCAUUUUUCUCUCAGUGCACUAGUGCUCAAUUCUUAUUGGUAAAUUUUAAAUCUGAGCUCUUGGAUUCAAUUCGCGAAUCCGCUCUUUGCUUCUCUAGUUCGCCGCUUGCGUAGGAUUUGGUGUACACCUGAUUAUUUCGCUGUCUUGACAGUUUUUAAUCCUCAAUUAAACCAGCAUGGCCGAUCAAUUAACAGAAGAACAAAUUGCCGAAUUCAAAGAGGCAUUUUCCCUUUUUGAUAAGGAUGGCGAUGGUACGAUCACAACUAAGGAGUUAGGAACUGUAAUGAGGUCUUUAGGUCAAAAUCCAACAGAAGCUGAGCUUCAAGAUAUGAUCAAUGAAGUUGAUGCUGAUGGAAAUGGAACAAUCGAUUUCCCAGAAUUUUUAACUAUGAUGGCUCGAAAGAUGAAGGACACAGAUAGUGAAGAAGAAAUUAGGGAAGCCUUCAGGGUUUUCGAUAAAGAUGGUAAUGGCUUUAUCAGUGCGGCAGAAUUGCGUCAUGUAAUGACAAAUCUUGGAGAAAAGCUAACGGAUGAAGAAGUAGAUGAAAUGAUUAGGGAAGCUGAUAUUGAUGGAGACGGUCAAGUGAAUUAUGAAGAAUUCGUAACCAUGAUGACGUCAAAAUGAUUCUAGCAUGGUGAUUCCUGUAAAUUUUUUUCUUGCUUUCCAAACUUAUGUAUGUUGUCCAGCUAGUUUUGAAAGUUCUGUUGUGAAUGUUACCUCUGUAAAGACACUUUUGUACCAUAUUCCAUCAGUGCAUAUUGGCAUUGGUGUUAUAUAUCAUACGUCAAUGUGCUGUUAGACUUGUCCUGUGCUUUUGUACAUUUCCAACUUUCAUUAAAAUUUAGACUCCA